AAACAACCGGGUGCUGCUAUUUGGAAGAAAAAAAGGUGAAUUGAUUCGAAGGUUGGCUUAAGCCUCUGGUGAGCCGCUUGUGUACCGCAGUUGAGAUAGUUAUACGGAAAUGCAAUCAAGUGAACCGUGAUGGAGAUGAUUUAUGAUUAAAUUCAUUACUGAUACCUAGAUAUCUGGUGAUCGAGAAGAAAAGGCUGCGCAUAGCUGUUUGAGAAGAAAAAGAAGGCGUUUUUUUAGUGGAAUACUCUUGAACGAGUCAUCAGAACAGGUGAACAGUAGCCAGUAGCGGAGUUCAAUAGAAGUUGACAUCGGUCAGAUAACACACCAGGAACUGGUUAUCAUACGCUUUCCAACGAGUUACAAUAAGAAACAAGAGCACUUGAAAGCACAAUCGGCUGUAAACAAUCAGAAGACGACAACAGACCCAGAUCAGUGGCCGCACCGGAACCCCGGGUGCCCCAAAAAUGGAACACUAGCUGCGGCCAGUGAUAGAGCCUCUCCAGGCGUAGAACAUGAACACCCCCGCACCGCCGUCGCUGUGACAACAACUGACCACAGAAAGCAGCAUACGACGCGUCAGGGUGCGUGGGUGGUGAGCCCGUUCCGUGUUUUUUUUAUUCCCAAACGAAAAAAAAAGAAGUCCAGGGAAUUUUCGAAUCGCUAAUUAGCAUAUGCGCCUCCGACGCGGCCCAAAAGUGAAGUGAUUUAAAGUGUUUUAUUUUUUGCUCUUGUUUUCAACUUGGGUUCUUGAAUAUUGAAGUGUGUGAGUUGAGUUGAGUUCCGGCGGGCGAAAAUUCACUGACACGCCGUGCGAUGGAUACGAUGGUGUUCGACGACGAGCCGCCGCCCGAACCACGGGACGGUUGGCUGCUGGUGAGGAUUUUCGUUCCGGAGCUGAACGUGUACAAGUGCUUGCAGUUUCCCUCCGACAAGGUCGUGUGGGACGUCAAGCAGCAGUGUCUGGCGUCGUUGCCUAAGGAAUUGAAGGAAAGCUUCAACUAUGGCCUGUUCUGUCCGCCGUCCAAUGGCAAGGCGGGCAAAUUUCUGGACGAGGAACGAAGACUGGGUGACUACCCGUUCAAUGGGCCCGUGGGAUACCUGGAGCUCAAAUACAAACGCCGGGUGUACAAGAUGCUGAAUCUGGACGAGCGGCAGCUGAAGGCCCUGCACACCCGGGCCAACCUGCGGCGUUUUCUCGAGUGCAUCAACGGGGGUCACGUGGAAAAGGUUGCCAAGAUGUGUGCCAAAGGGCUGGACCCGAACUUCCACUGUCAGGAGACGGGCGAAACCCCACUGACGAUCGCCACCGGGACGAAAAAGCCCAACAAACUGCUGAUAGCGCUGGUUAAUGGAGGGGCCCUGCUGGACUACCGGACGCGGGACGGUGCCACCGCGCUGCACCGGGCUGUGGAGCGGGAUAGCCUCGAGGCCGUUAGCACCCUACUGGAGCUGGGCGCGUCGCCCAACUACCGGGACACCAAAGGUCUGACGCCGGUUUACCUCUCGGUGACGCGUAAAACCGAUUCGAAAAUUUGCGAAAUUCUACUGCACGACCACGCCACCCUCGGCAUCCAGGAUAGCCAGGGCUGGCAGGAGGUCCAUCAGGCUUGUCGGAACGGGUUAGUGCAUCACCUAGAGCACUUGCUGUUCUACGGUGCGGAUAUGGAUGGGCAGAACGCUUCCGGCAAUACGCCGCUGCAUGUUUGCGCUGUUAACAAUCAGGAGGCUUGCGCUAGAAUGCUUCUCUUUCGCGGUUCCAACCGGGGCGCACUAAACUAUGCCAAUCAGACACCGUACCAGGUCGCCGUAAUUGCCGGCAAUUUGGAGCUGGCCGAGAUGAUACAGAACUACAAGUGCGAGGAUAUCGUCCCGUUCCGUGGUCCCCCUCGGUACAACCCGCGGCGCCGUUCCGGGCUGGGUUGGGGUUCGACACUGUCCCGUAUCUACGGGGGCCCACCGUCCCCAUGUCCAUCGGAGCAUCCGUUCAGUUCGGCGAGCUCGAGCCUGUCGGAGGGAUCGUCCAGCCAUCGGAGCCACGAGGAUGACAUUAGCAUCGUGACAGACAAAAGCCUUGGAGACACGAGCGACAUCAUCAGCGAUUCGUCCGGUGUCGGUACGAACUCGGACAGUGCAGCCUGCUCGAUCGGCCACCCCAGUACAACCGUGGUCUGCAUGGAGGGUUACGAUGGUGGCCUAUCCGGGCACAUCCAGAUCCAACCGGGGGAUGUGAUCGAGGUAGUUGGAUCUACUGAUUGUGGUCUGCUGGAAGGGUUCGUACGAGGAACCAACAAAACCGGCUUUUUCCCGGCUCAGUGCGUCCAGGAGGUGCAGUUCCGGCAGAAGAGUAUCAUCAAUGUUUCCACGUCAGCCCCGCAUCAUCACUAUGUGAUCAACACCAGCAGUAAUGAGAUCGUUGAACAGCAACAGCAGCAGCAGCUACAGCAACAACAACAGGGGCAGCAGCAACAGUACAAUAGUCAGACUGCACCCAGGACGAAGAAGGCCGUAACUGGAGAACCUCGGGCCGUGGUUCUGCACCGAGCAAAGCGAGGCUUCGGUUUCAUUCUCCGAGGUGCGAAAGCAUCAUCGCCGUUGAUGCAACUGAAGCCGUCUCCCCGGUGUCCGGCUCUUCAAUAUCUGGACGAUGUGGAUCCGGGCGGUGUGGCCGACAUGGCCGGACUAAAGCCCGGAGAUUUCUUGCUUGCCAUUAACAACGAAGACGUCACGUGUGCCUCGCAUGAGCACGUGGUCGACCUGAUCCGGAACUCGGGUUCGCUCGUAUCGAUGACGGUCAUCACGCUUCCGUACAACCUGGUCAAUUCGAUGAUGGAGAACGUGAUGGCGGCCGGGACCAGUUCGAUCGGCGACGGCAGUCAACAUUCCGGUUCCGGCAUGAGCACGCCGGUUUCGUCGCGUCAGUGUUCGACACUGCCCCGGCGGAUGAACGGAGGACCAGCUAGUUUGGCCGGAUGUAAGAUGCCGGCUCCGAUGCCACCCCGAAGAGAUCCAAAGACAACACUUAGCGUAGGACGAGCACGUGCCAAAUCGAUGGUCGCCGGACUGGAAGGAGGCGGCGAGAAGGAUGACGAUGACCUGCCGAAUCAGACCAAGUCUACGUCGGCAGAAUCGAUCCACCAGCAGUCGCAAUCGGCAAUCAAUACACCGACACAGGGAGGACCGGGAACUCCGGUGCAGCCGAGGACUGCGAGUAUCAAGUCGCGGCCCACUUCUAGUCGAAUUACAGCCGCCGAGCUGGAGGAACUGUUCCAAAGGCAACAGGGCGUUGACGCCAAUCGCUGCUCGAUGUUGAUGACCAGUUCGCGGUUCCAGUCUGGAUUUGACAGCGGCGCGGCAACGCCACCGACUUCUCCGCAAAAGGGACCAAUCGUGUACGCCAGUGUGGCGGAAAUGAAGCGCAAAAAGUCCUCUAAGAUCGGUACCCUCAAGGGCCGUCCCAUUCCGAUUCCGCAGGUCGGAUCCGAUCUGAAGCGUACCUUCCACAGUACACCGGAUCUGGCGUCCAGUGGAACGGCGGGUUCCGUUACCGGAAGUUCCGGAACGCUAACACCUUCGGCCAGCUGGUUCAACACCGUUGGCCACAAGGGACACCGAUCUCAAGACGACGUGCACAGUUUACACAUGUCGAUGCAAAGACUGAAUCUCCCCCCACCAAAUCAUCCGCCACCACCACCCCCGAUCGGACAGGUCGUCAAGGUGGACAUCUCGCGGGGUUCCGAGUACGAGUGUCUCACCGCACUGCAGAAGCACAUCCAGCAGAAAGCCAAACAACGGUCCCAGAUCCAGGAGGCGGAAAUCAUGUCCAGCUUCAAGCCAGCUUCCAAUGCGAAGCUGUACGCAUCGCCGCAAGAUAUCCGGAACGUGGGCUACCGAACGACGAGCGUGGCUUCGAGUAGCAGUGGUAACAGUAGUAGCGGAAACAGCAGUACCAGCACAGAGAUCCGCAAAGCUUCAUCAAUCCGCUCAAACUCGAGUACUGGUAGCGCAAUCAACGUGACGACCGUUACCAUCAGUGGAAACGGAACCGGCAGCAUAACCAGCGGAGGAAGCAACCCGUAUGCCCAACCGGGUCGACCGGCUGCUAUGCAACAGACGGCGCAACCCCAACAGCAACAACAGCAGCAGCAGUACAAAUCUUCCGGACCGCCACUGCCGGAUCCGGACUACAGUUUGAGUGAAUCCGAUGCCGAGGAAGACAACUCGGUCCGACUGGUUAGGAGUAAUCUCAAGAAAGUCAACGGAGGUCUGGCAGCGGCAGAGUUGAAUGGAUCGAGUAAGGUUACGGUUGGCGGUGGAGUCUCGAAUGUGAACCCUGGCAUGGCCGCCGAAACGAGCGGAAACAGUAACACUAGUGGUAGCAGUUCCGGAUCGAGCUCGGUCCCACAUUCCUUCUCCGUGGAAGAAAUCCAGAAGAUUCGCACUAAGCUGAAGUCGUCGAAAUCCUACCCGAACGAUUUCCUCCGACAGCAAAACCAAACUGGAAAUCAACAACCUGGCGCGGACCAAGCUAACGAAGACAACGGAGAUAACAGCUCUUCCGGAGUCAGCAGCGAUCAGGAAAUCACGGUAACCUGCAAUGAUAAGGCAUCGGCACCAGCGAUAGACCCCAAAAAGGUUGGAUCGAUAUUGGAGCAGAAGAAGAUGGCCGUCAUGAUCACGCCAACAGUGCCGGCCGUACGCAGUGACGAGGAUGGUGACGAGAGUCCAAGUCCUCCGGCAACUGGGUUCCAGCGGCAUAACUCACUCACGCGAAAGCAAGCCGCAACGAUCGCAGCAAACCGUGCCAAAGCGAACCAGCAAAACAUUCAACAGCGGCACGCGGUAACGUUGGCAACACUGCCGCCUCCGAUCGAGGCCGACUCGGAUGACGCCGACACCGGAGCGCUGCCCGUCGAUGGCACCGAUGGAGUUGGGGUGGCGAUGGUGCUGCCUCCACCGGCCGAAUUUAGCGACUCGGUCGCUGCCGGAGCUGGACAUGCGCAACAGCAGCAGCAGCAUCACCACCACCAUCAUCAGCAUCAGCACCAUUCGGCGGCAGGGCUGGUCAGCGGCCACAAUCCAAACUGCAAACGCGUCCGCAUAGUCGGGGCCGUCCCCAAGGUAAAUCGACUAAACAGUCAGUAGACGAAUCAAUUGACUUAGCUAGACACAAAUCUACAGCGUUCAAACUGUGAAUUUCUUACGAUUGAAGUGUUUCGAUAUUGGUGAAAAAUGUUCCGAAGUUCGACAAUAUUCAUUAAAGUAUAUAUGGCUUGUCGAGUAACGUUUCACACCUCCUUUUUCCCACUGUGGUAUUGGAGAAAAAAACUUUUUUACCGAUAUCCACAUGCCGAAAUCUAUAUUCAAUUUUAGAGUGUUCUGUCGUGCAAACUCAUAAAAUUGACACGAACGUACAUAGCUCGACAUAAUUUUAAAUCAGAUCUAGCUGGCCUAUGCAUUCACGUCGUUAAAGAAAAAAAGGAAGCUUUUCAGAAUAAUCAUCCAAAGUGUGUCACAGAAAUUCAUAAAAUCAGAAAGCAAUUAAGCAACUUUUAUAACCUAAUAGAAAAAAAAUACACGCUCAAACGGUUGCUUAAUACAUUUUUAUACUUCUCACACACUCAGACACACAUACGUUCGCAAAAAGCGCCUAAAAUCACGUGCAAUAUCGUCCCAGAUACACACAGACAUCAACACACAAGCAACAUGCAACCAACCAACCAA